UUUGGAAACAGAGGCGGGGCGGCUGCGGGGAAAAAACAAACCGGGAGAAGAAAGGGAAGGAGGAGGAAAAGGAAGAGGAAAAAGGGCUGGAAGUGGGCUCUGGGUCUCUCUGAGCCGCCUGGCUUGAGCAUCCCUCCUUCUUUCUUGGGAGAAAGAAGGAGAAGAAGAGCCUGGCCUCAGUUUCCCUUUGGGAGAAAAAGACAAAGCGACAUGGUGCGGCCUUGAAGGAGAGGACCAAGCAUCGCAGCAUCCCUCCUUCUUUCUUGGGAGAAAGAAGGAGAAGAAGAGCCUGGCCUCAGUUUCCCUUUGGGAGAAAAAGACAAAGCGACAUGGUGCGGCCUUGAAGGAGAGGACCAAGCAUCGCAGCAUCCCUCCUUCUUUCUUGGGAGAAAGAAGGAGAAGAAGAGCCUGGCCUCAGUUUCCCUUUGGGAGAAAAAGACAAAGCGACAUGGUGCGGCCUUGAAGGAGAGGACCAAGCAUCACAGUUCAGGAUUGGCAUCGACUGGAUCCGUGCCGAUAUUGCGAUGGAGGAGAGGAAUAAUUUUUCGGCUCUCAAUUCGCUGACCGAGUAUCAUGCCGUCAAGGCUGACCAGAACAACCACAGCAGCAACGGACAAGCACGUCGAGAAAGCCACGGGGCCAUGCAGCUGAAGAAGGAAAUCUCCCUCCUGAACGGGAUCAGCCUCAUCGUCGGAAACAUGAUUGGUUCCGGGAUCUUUGUUUCCCCCAAAGGAGUCCUUUUCUACAGCACUUCCUACGGAUUGUCGCUGGUGAUCUGGGCCAUUGGGGGGAUUUUUUCUGUCUUUGGUGCUCUCUGCUAUGCUGAACUGGGAACCACGAUCACAAAGUCGGGAGCCAGCUACGCUUACAUCUUAGAGGCCUUUGGGAGCUUCAUUGCCUUUAUCCGCCUGUGGACCUCGCUCCUGAUCAUUGAGCCCACCAGCCAAGCCAUUAUUGCAAUAACCUUCGCCAACUACAUUGUGCAGCCGGUCUUCCCUUCCUGCCAGCCGCCUUACGCUGCUUGCCGCCUCAUUGCAGCCGCUUGUAUAUGUCUCCUAACGUUUAUAAACUGUGCCUACGUGAAAUGGGGAACGAGGGUGCAAGACGCCUUCACUUAUGCCAAAGUCCUCGCCCUUAUUGUCAUCAUCGUAAGCGGAGUUGUUAGAUUAUGCCAGGGAUACUCUCAACACUUUCAGGACUCCUUUGAGGGAUCGUCGUGGAACCUCGGGGGCAUUUCUCUCGCACUUUAUUCUGCCUUGUUCUCGUACUCAGGUUGGGACACCCUCAAUUUUGUAACGGAAGAAAUCAAAAACCCAGAGAGGAACCUGCCUCUAGCGAUUGCUGUUUCUAUGCCGAUUGUGACCAUUAUCUACAUCUUGACCAAUAUCGCUUACUAUACAGUGCUGGAUAUUAAUGCCGUGCUCUCCAGCGAUGCCGUGGCUGUGACCUUUGCGGACCAGGUAUUUGGCAUUUUCAGCUGGACAAUUCCAAUUGCAGUGGCCCUGUCCUGUUUUGGUGGACUCAAUGCAUCUAUUUUAGCAUCAUCCAGGUUGUUCUUUGUAGGAUCCCGGGAGGGUCACUUGCCAGAUCUCUUAUCUAUGAUCCAUAUAGGGAGGUUUACACCUGUCCCAGCCCUACUUUUCAAUUGUACUAUGACCCUCAUAUACUUGACUGUAGAAGAUGUCUUCCAGCUUAUAAACUACUUCAGCUUCAGCUAUUGGUUCUUUGUGGGACUGUCAAUUGCUGGGCAACUCUACCUCCGCUGGAAACAACCAAAUCGGCACCGGCCCCUCAAGUUGAGCCUGUUUUUCCCCAUAGUCUUCUGUAUGUGCUCAAUUUUUCUGGUGGUUGUGCCACUCUAUAGCGACACCAUUAACUCCCUGAUCGGCAUCGGCAUUGCACUCUCUGGGAUCCCAGUCUACUUCAUGGGAGUCUCCUUGCCUGCUUCCAAAAGACCUCCUUUUGUCAGCAAAAUCAUAGGUUCUGUCACACGAGCCACUCAACUGCUUUGCUACUCCGUUUUGACAGAAAUGGAUAAUUUCAAUGAAAAAUGAGAAAUCAAGUCUCCAUAAAGAGGACUGGAGGCAUCACUGAAUUUUGGACUUCUUAUCGGACUGAGAUUCUUGCCAGAUCAUACUGUGUCAUGAUCUCGGGGAUUUUAUUUUUUAUUUUUUAUUUCUUUUUUUUGUAUAAGGCCAGUCUUCUCAGGCAUAUAGAACUCACGGUUCGCAUCUAAAAACAAUAAAUACUUUUCAGCCAU